CAUAUCACACACUCACUAUUCAUAAUUUUAAGUUAAUUUGUGUGGACUGGGGUUUAAUGUGGAGCUAAUUGGACUUAUUCGGCCUAUAAUUGGGUUAUCAUAAUCAUUUUGGGCUCAGAAUUAGUCUACCAGUUUGAUUAAAAGUUGGACUGGAGCCCAAAAAAAUCAUGGCCCAAUAGCUAUCGGCAUAAUUCUCUUUCUCCGGUCUCCCUCUCCCCCUCCCGGGUUGAUCCCGACCAGGUCCCUUUUCUCCUACUAUUCCCGGGGUUUUUGCUUAGGGUUUAAAAUUCAUCAGUUUUUCCCAUUUCUUCUUUUAAUUAUUGAAGGGGAGAAUAUGGCGUUUUGGAAACGAAUGAAGCAGUCACAAAUCCCCUCGAAAUUAUGGAAUAAUUUCACAUCGACAAGGUCCUACUCCAACCUUCAAAUUCCUCCUACUCCGGUCUUCGCCAUUGCCUCCAAACCCGCCGGAAUUUGGUUUCUUAACCACCCACUUUUGCCUGACCCGAAAUCCCAGCUCCAGAUGCCUACCAAUGUCAGAUACUAUGCUAAGAAGAAGCUUAAACAAAAGCCGUUGCCAAAGAAGGUAGAGAAGGAGGACAGUGGUCCUAGGUUGAACGAGCAGAUAACUGCUGAUGUUAUUCGACUUGUCACUGAUGAAGGGCACUCCAUUAUGUCAAAGUUUGAUGCUCUGAAGAUGGCUAGGAGUCUCGACCUUGAUUUAGUGGAGGUUCAACGGAAUGCCACACCUCCUGUCUGUAAGAUCAAGGAUUACCUGAAAGAAAAAUACAAGCAGGAAACAAAGGAGAAAGAGCGUGCAAAGGAAAAGUCUGAUGUGACAUUACGGCAAGGAUCCUGCAAGGAAAUUCGAUUUUCUGGUAAAAUUACACUGAAAGAUUUACAAGUUAAAGCAGAUGCCGCUAAGAGACUCAUGGAGAGUGGUUAUCGAGUGAAGUGUGUAGCCGUUGGAAAUGGCAGUUCCGAAAACGGUGAGAGCUCAACAAAGUUGCUGUCUCGAUUUGCUGCUCUGGUUGAAGAUAUCAUUAUUGUUGAAAGUCAAACGAAAGUGGAGGAUAAGGAUCAGGCGCAUAUUAUUAUCAGGCAUGUUAAGUAUGGUCCAUCAAAGAAAGCUUCUGGAAAGAAAGCCAAUAAAGACAAUAAAGCAGCUAUAGAAUCGGCGGAUGCAGAGGCUGAUGAGACAAAAAACAGUGGCUGGACUGCUGUUCAUGCAAAUGACAGAUUUGACCAACUCUUUGACAUUUCCGAGAAUCGGGGAAUGGUCUCCAAGAGUCCAAAUAGUGCUCAUGGAACAUCCCAACCAGUGCCCGGUUCCCCAAACAUAUUGGGGCAACCCCAAGCAAAGAUGAAUGCAUCACCACGUCAAAGUCGAGAAACUCAACAGGGAACUGGCAUUGAGUCCUCAAAAUUUAAUGGACACAGGUUUCCUCAGCAAGGUUUUCCACCAAAGGUUCCUGGUUCUUCCCCUACUCCAAAUUUCGGUAUCUUUAACGCACAGAGGAAUGCUCCUGAGAAAAAUAGUGGACCAGUAGAGGUCAAUAGAUACAAGCAAAGGGCUGGAUCUGAGUAUGAAAGAAGUUCUAGGUCUUCAAGGCCACCUAUUGGGCGUGGGAAUCGAGACAUAUCAAGUUCCAGAAACGGGGAUAAGCAACAAGUAAGAUCAAGUUACCGAUGAAGAUGGAUGAGGUGUAUGGGGCUUAUUUAGUGCAGAUGAUAGGUAACCCUUUGAUUGUAAGGGUUAUCAAAGUAUUCCUUGAUAUAGGAUAUAGUGUUGGUUACAUUGGGGGAGAGAAACUUUAUUUAUUUUCUCACAUUGUUUCGAUAGGGGAUUUUGGUUGCUGCAAAUACAGCCCGAAGAGCUUACUUACUGUAGAACGUUGUGUCUUCUUGAUCGGAAGUUUCAUCCGAGAUGUGAGGUCUGAAGUCUCAAGUCUGAACCUUGACCCUGGACCUGGAGAUGAUGGUAGUGUAAUUGGAUUCUAUUCUCCUUGCAACUUGCAAGUGAAACCGUUUAAAAUGAGAGCUUUUUGAAGGGAGUGAAUGUUCAAACAGGCAUCAUAGUUUUUCCAUUCUGUUGUAUUAAUUCAAAUAUAUGAAUCUUAUAUUGAAGUGAUGAAUAAUGUGUCUUUCAAGUCUUUUACC